CACUUGUAAAAACCAGCUCUGAAAAGAUUUCGUUGUUAUUUAGAAUCAGCUCUCCAUCAGAUCAGAUCAAGGGUAUCUCGUUGAUUAGCCAGUUCUUCUCAAUUAACUCACUGUUCCAAUCUCUCUGCCAGUGCUCUAUUUAUUGCCCAACAUGGCGGAUGUAGCCUACACGAUAAUCAAUGAACCUUCCACCUCCAGCAAAUCCACUCUUGAGCAGUACAGAUCUUUAUUGGAAAAGUCCAAAGAUGAGGUCAAAAUCGAUGCAAUGAAGAAAAUUCUCAUCUCAAUGUUGAAUGGCAACUUGUUGCCCUCAUUGUUGAUGCAUGUUAUUCGUUAUGUUAUGCCUUCAAAAAACAAGGAAUUGAAGAAAUUGCUAUAUUUUUACUGGGAAAUUUGUCCAAAACUAGAUGACGAGGGAAAAUUAAGACAGGAAAUGAUCUUGGUUUGUAACGCAAUUAGAAACGAUUUGCAACAUCCUAAUGAGUAUAUCAGAGGUAUGACUUUAAAAUUCCUCACCAAAUUAAAAGAACCAGAUUUACUAGAACCUCUAGUUCCAAGUUGUCGUACCUGUCUUGAACAUAGACACUCCUAUGUUAGAAAAAACGCUGUCUUUGCAAUUUGGUCGAUAUUCAAAGUCUCUGAUUAUUUAUUACCUGAUGCAUCUGAAUUGGUUGCUAAUUUUCUUGAAGUUGAAACUGACUCGAUCUGUAAACGAAAUGCCUUUGUUUGUCUUGGUGAUUUAGAUAGAGAAAGAGCUUUAUUGUUUAUUCAAAAUCACGAUUUAAACAAUUUGGACUCAAUUUUACAAAUUUCAAUCAUUGAGUUUAUUAGAAAGGAUUUUUUGAAAUAUUCUGAAUUGAAUGAAAAUUACUUGUUUCUUAUAACUGACUUGUUAGAAAGUUCCGACAAUUCAACUGUUAUUUACGAAUGUGCUACAACUUUGACUAUAUUAUCAUCUUCUACAUCUGCCAUCAUCGCUGCUGCAUCAAAAUUCAUUGACUUGUCGAUAAAAGUCCCUGAUAACAACGUUAAAUUAAUCUGUUUAGAGAGAAUCAAUGGUUUAAAUGAUUCAAACCCUGGUGUAUUACAAGAUCUAUGUUUAGAUAUUAUUAGAAUUUUAAAUUCCCAGGAUUAUGAUGUUAGAAAAAACGCUUUGAAAUUGAUUUUGAGAUUAAUUAAUAAAAAAAAUGUUGAAGAUGUAAUUAAAUUUUUGAAAAAGGAACUAGCCACAACAAUCACCUCGAUUUCAAAUACAAAUUCAUCGAGUUCUGAUGAUUUGUCGAUAAAAUACAGAGAAUUGUUAAUUUCCACUAUCAAUACCUGUGCCAUUAAAUUUUACGAAAUUGCUGCAGACGUUAUUGACUUAUUGUUGGAUAUAAUUAGUGAUUUAAACACUGUAUCAGCAUCAGAGAUCAUUUCCUUUGUUAAAGAAGUUGUUGAAAAGUAUCCUAAAUUAAGAAGCUCAAUUAUUCACAAAUUAAUUGACUCAUUGCAUAACGUUAGAAGUGGCAAAGUUUACAGAAAUGCAUUAUGGAUCAUUGGAGAAUAUUGCUUAGAAGAAAAGGACAUUCAAGAUGCUUGGCGUCAUAUCAGAUCUAAUGUCGGCAAAUUGCCCAUUUUAGCAUCCGAGCAGCAAUCAACCGAAACUAGUAGUGAAGAUGGUCAUGAAAAUGAAAAUGGAAAUGAUCAUGAUCAUGAAAAUACAAAGAAAAAGGGACCUUUGGUCUUACCUGAUGGUACUUAUGCUACAGAAUCAGCUUUAACCACUGAAAUCAAGAAAGAUGAUUUGUCUACAAGUCUAAAGCCACCUAUUCGUCAAUUUAUCUUGGACGGAGAUUUUUAUUUGGGUGCAGUAUUAUCGACUACUAUCGUCAAGUUGGUAUUAAGAUUUCAAAGAUUAUCUAAAAACAAGAAAGUAUAUAAUGUAUUGAAAGCUGAAGCAAUGCUAAUUAUGGUCUCAAUUUUGAGAGUUGGAGAAUCUAAAUAUGUAAAGACCAAAAUCGAUGAGGAUUCGGCCGAAAGAAUAUUUGCAUGUGUGAGAUUUUUAGCAGAUGAUAGUAACAAUGAUGAAAAAUCAAUUGAAUUCCAAUUACUUGAAGGAGCGUUUUUGGAAGAUACUAAGAAUUCCUUUAAGAAGCAAUUGGCAGAAGAUGAUAACAAAAAACUUCAAGAUGAUUUAUUAGACUUUGCUAAAAAGGUCCAACAAGUCGAUGAUACAAUAAAUUUCCGACAAUUUAAGAGCAAACAUAUAGUUAAAAGUGGCGAAUUGGAAGAAAUUGAGUCAAUCGGUGCAUUAAAAAUCAGUGGAAGUGGCAAGAAGGAGAAAUUAUCAUCAAGACUUAACAAGAUUAUCCAAUUAACUGGGUUUAGUGAUCCAGUUUAUGCCGAAGCAUUGGUGACAGUUAACCAAUUUGAUGUUGUAUUGGAUGUGUUGGUGGUUAAUCAAACCACGGAAACAUUGAGAAAUCUAUCAGUUGAAUUUGCAACUUUGGGAGAUUUGCAAGUGAUUGAUAAGGCAACAUCAUCAAACGUUGGGCCCCAUGGGUUCCAUAAAGUACGAACCUCAAUCAAAGUGACAUCAGCAGACACUGGUGUUAUAUUCGGUAAUAUUGUGUAUGAUGGACAACAUUCGGACGACAGCAGAAUAGUGAUCCUAAAUGAUGUUCACGUCAAUAUAAUGGAUUACAUCAAGCCUGCCAGCUGUUCUGAAGCUCAAUUCAGAACCAUGUGGAAUGAGUUUGAAUGGGAAAACAAGAUAUCGAUCAAGUCGAACUUGCCCUCGUUGAAGACGUAUUUGGAUCUAUUGUUGUCAAACACGAACAUGAAAUGUUUGACCCCAGGCGCUAUUGUUGGAGAAGAGUGCCAAUUUUUGAGUGCCAACUUGUACUCCAAGUCGUCGUUUGGCGAAGAUGCGUUGGCCAACUUGUGUAUUGAAAAGACCCAGACAGGGCCUAUAAUGGGCCAUAUUCGCAUUCGAUCCAAGGGGCAAGGGUUGGCCUUGAGUCUUGGGGACAGAAUUGCCUCGAUAUCCCGAAAGUCCAACAAGUAUGUGAUAGCUGCUGUUUAGAGGUGGUUUUGGUUUUGUUUUCUCUGCGUAAUGCAUAAUACAUGUUUCUUCUUGAUCAAAAAGCGCCGCUGUAGAAAAAGAUCAACUCCUGAAUCAGAGAUCCCGAAUCAGAGAUCCUGAAUCAGAGGAAGCAGAAGAAGCAGAGUGCACGUGCGAGGC